AUGCGCCUCAGCCUCACUCUCCCCCUCACCCUUCUGGGUCUCGCUACCACAAUCGCUGCGGCACCCUCACAACCUCCCAGAGACAACGUCCAGGAUUCAUCACCCGCUCUCGUCAAGCGCGAGGACUCAAAGUACUUCCACGAGCCCUGCUGUGGCGAAGAGCUGGGACACUACGAUAUCCGUUACUUCAAGGAAGCUGUGGGCUAUGACGACCACCGCAUCGUUCUGCGCAACCUCAUCCGCUCCUAUUUGACUAUCACCAAGAAGCUCAAUGUCGAGACAUGGCUCGCACACGGCACUCUGCUGGGCUGGUGGUGGAAUGGCAAGAUCAUGCCAUGGGACUACGACCUCGACGUUCAGGUCUCGAUGGCGACUCUCUACUGGAUGGGCCAGAACCUAAACCGCACCGAGUAUGACUACGACUGGACCGACAAGGACGGUAAUGCUAGGAAAGAACGCUACCUUCUCGAUAUCAACCCCCACGGCACAGAAACGAGCCGUGGCGACGGCCAGAACGUUAUCGACGCCCGCUGGAUCAACAUGGCCAACGGCGCCUUCAUCGACAUCACUGGCCUCGCCGAGCGCAACCCCUCUGGCAUGCCGGGCGUCUGGAGCUGCAAGAACUACCACCGCUACCACACCACCGAUCUCUUCCCUAUGCGCGAAACCGAGUUCGAGGGCGUCACCGCCAUCAUUCCUUACAGCUUCGAGCGCAUCCUGACCGAAGAAUAUGGCAGCAGGAGCCUGGUGACCACGGAGUGGCUUGGACACAAAUGGGAGCCUGAGCAGAAGGAGUGGAUCAGGAUACCGCAGCCGAACGAGCAAAAAACUCAAUAG